AUGUUAGGUCUCUCUCGACUGACCUAUGGUCUUCUUACGCUUGCUGCCCUUCUUUUACUCGUCUCUUCUAAGGAACUGGCUUGGAACGGGCAUCUUACUCCAGGCUCUACUACCCCAUCCCCUUUCACGCCAUACUAUGUCCCGCCUGGCGCAAAAUCCUACGACUCGUCUUCCCCUCUUGUACACUACUCUGGUCAAUGGACAGACUCCUAUUCGCGCCGAUAUGUCGACAAUACGCUUCGCUCGACGACUCAGGCAAAAGCGGCUGUUACGUUCACAUUCACGGGUACUGGCAUAGAGUGGUUCGGAUGUAUGGACAAGCAUCAUGGAGUGGCGAGCGUAUGGCUCGAUGGGAAGAAGGUGGAGAGCGUAGAUGCGUUCAAUGACGCCCGGGUCGGCCAGCAGAGGAUGUUCUCUGUGUUUGGACUCAAGGAGGGAAAGCACACGAUCAAGAUCGUGAAUGAAGGCAUAAGUAAGAGCAGCGGGAAUGCUGGCGGCACAGUCACCAGUAUCGAUGCAUUCGUGGUCACCAAGGCGCCUGGCUUUCGUCUUCACUCUCGCACUUCUCACCGUAGAGACUUGGGCUCUGGCUUUCGUCUGGAGGAUGAAGCGACUUCUAGGACGUCUCUCGUGUCUAGGUCCUCUUCUAGCUCUGGGUGGUCACUUGAACAGAAGGGGACUACGGGUGUGCAUGCCAUGCAGUUGGCGGUCAUCUCUUCAACCCACGCUAUCGUCAUGGACAAAGUCGAACACAACCUCCUCACCAUUGAUAAUCAUCCCGCCUGGGGAGCACUCUACAAUCUCAAAACCCAUGUUGUCACGCCUCUCCACGUCCAGUCAAACUCAUUCUGCGCUGGCGGUACCUUCCUCUCAAACGGCACCCUCAUCAACGUCGGCGGCAAUCCUGUCGUCACUGACAAGACCGCUGCAGCCGACUUCGGUGACGUGGACGGACUGCAGGCUGUUCGUAUCCUUGAGCCCUGUGACGGAGAUGACGUCGGCAGCUGCGACAUCGUGGAGGACCACUCGAGGCUGCGCAUGGCGAGUCCGAGGUGGUACAAUACCGUUCUUAGGAUUGAUGACGGGAGCGCGAUGAUCAUCGGAGGCUCGAAGAAGGGUGGAUGGAUGAACAACGCGAGCACCAACAACCCGACUAUCGAGUUCUUCCCUCCCAAGAAUGUCAAUGGCUACAACGGGCUCCCCGUCCCUCUCCCCUUCCUCAGCGAUACCCUCAACUCAAACCUGUUCCCUAUCGCUUUCUCCCUCCCCGAUGGGCGUGUAUUUAUGGCCGCGAACCGAGACGCCAUGAUCUACGACUGGAAGAACAACGUGGAGACUCGUUUACCCCAGAUCCCGAACGGAGUGCGCGUCACUUACCCCAUGACCGGAACCGCCCUGCUUCUCCCGCUCUCUCCCUCGAACAACUACACUCCGGAGAUCCUCUUGUGCGGCGGCUCGACCGUAGACGACACGAAACCUUCUUGGGAGCUUGACUCUCAGGACCCUGCGUCCGCACAGUGUUCGCGUCUCGUUCUCAACGACGAAGGGAUUCAGAAGGGAUGGGAAGUCGAUCAGAUGCCAGAGCCAAGGACGAUGCUGGACGCCGUUCUUCUCCCUACUGGUCAGAUCGUCAUCGCCAAUGGUGCAAAGACCGGUAUUUCGGGCUACGGCAACGUUAAGAACCAAGUCGGAGCCUCCAACGCCGACAAUCCCGCCUUGACUCCUCUCCUAUACGACCCAUCCCUCCCACUUGGACAACGUUUCGUGUCUGCUACGCCUCUUCCCAGCAGCGAUAUCCCGAGGCUAUAUCAUUCCGUAGCGACGCUUACGCCAGAUGGAUCAGUCAUGAUCGCGGGGAGUAAUCCGAACUUGGAUAGGAGUAGUGUGGUUUACGGGACGGAGUACAGGGUUGAGUGGUUGAGGCCUGCGUAUAUGCAGGACGGGGUGAAGAGGCCAGUUUGGACGGCCAAUAGCAACUGGGAUGGAAAGUUGAGGUUCGGGCAGGACGUGAGCUUUGGUGUGGAUGGACUCGAAGGUGGCAAGGAUAUCAAAGUCGCGCUCAUGGACCUAGGAUACGUGACCCACGCCGUCCACGCCAACUCCCGCCUCGUCUAUCUCAAUUGUUCUCCCUCCGAUGGUUCGUCGAUGACAAUCACCGCUCCUCCUAAUGGUCAAGUCUACCCUCCGGGCCCUGGAUGGCUCUUCAUAGUUGUCGACGGCAUACCUAGUGAAGCGAUCAAGGUCAUGGUCGGGGACGGAGCCAGCCCGCCCGUCGACGAAGGUGCUUUGCAGAACCUUCUGAGUAGUACGGAUGUGGACCAGUACGAUGAGGACAAAGGAGGGGACCGUGGCUCCGGAUCCGGCGGCGAAGGGCAGGAAUGA